GGGUUUAACGACUUUAAGGAACGCAUGCGACGCAUCUACCAAACAGAGGUGAUGGGAUGCAAAGAAAACAUCGGCAUGAUGGACGGAAUGAAUUGUGGGGAUUUAGUCCUAGUGCCGUACAUCACCACGAAACAAUUUUUAAAAUAUAUGGAGGCAUCGCAUGUAACUGUCUGA